AUGAAUACUUUCGACUCAUCGGCGACCACUCCGACAGGUUCCAGCAACGCUGCGGGAGCCCGAGAUAUCAGAUCUCCAUCGUCACGCUCUCCCACACAUGCAGACUCCGACCUGUCAUCAUCGACCGGUAGCAGCCGGUCCCACUCGAGCUUUCCAUCCCGAAAGUAUGCUGGCUCGCAACACAACAAGCACUCUACCGAGUCGACCCCGAUCAAUACAGGGGCUGCUUCGGCACGCAACUAUCAAGCCACAGCCGGACCGAACUCCCAGGGCGCCCCGUCCGAGGCAAGCAAAUGGGAUCAAAGUACCCCACGCCUCGAUGGAGGCGGAAAUGGCGCCCAUCGCGCGCAAAGUAAUCAGGAAGACUCGCCCACCGAUCCGCACCAGUCAUGGCCCAGUCGAAUGGUUGAUCGAUUCGGCGCUCUGGAGUUGGAAAACAAAGGAAGUGUCGCUCGCGAUCAUCUUGCUCUUGAGCGAACAUUCCUCGCCUGGAUGCGCACCUCUCUCGCCUUCGCCUCGAUCGGUAUCGCCGUCACCCAAUUAUUCCGACUGAAUACAGUCACCGCCACUACCAACAAUAUCCAUAACUCAGCGACCCUCCCACCCCACCUCUCUUCGUCUAUGUACGUCGCUACAUCUCCCUCCGCCCAAGACUCUGCCCGUCUACGCAGCGUUGGAAAACCGCUCGGCUCUACCUUUAUCGGUGUGGCCAUCCUUAUCCUCAUCGUGGGCUUCCACCGCUAUUUCGAAAGCCAGUACUGGAUUGUAAGAGGCAAGUUCCCCGCAAGCCGAGGAAGUGUUGCUUUGACAGCGGCCGUAGCGAUGGCGCUGAUCGUCGCGGCGUUCGCGGUUAUUUUGGCGGUUUCGCCAGGUGCCAUUGAAACGUAA